CUAGCUUACGAAUUUAUGACUUCAAGAACUUUUUUAUCUUAAUAUUGGGUAGUUUUCCCACAUACAGGAAAAUAGCGUUUCAUGAUUUUUUACGUGGUUUUCAUAUUGAUAAAUGAAACCCUUUAAAACGUAAAAGCAUUAGUUGUUUUGUUUGAUUACCUUUUCGUUGUCCGAAUCCGUGGUGAAUAUCGAAUCAUAUAAUCACAGCCGAUUCCACUUUUUGACAUUUUUUGUGUUUUGUGAUUAGUCGUGUGAUACUGACUGUAUGGAGAAAAAAAACUCGCAAGUAAACAUAGUCAAUAGAAGAAAAAAAACAAAAACGGAAUAUAAUUUUUGCUACUGGAACAUAAUCUGCUAUUAUUUUCGAGUCUAUACGUAUUAGUUGUGGCCGGAGUCAUCGGAGGGAUGACGGAUUUAAGCGAAUUGAAUCGCUGCCGGUUAUGCUUUUCGCCGAAUAAUCUGACGGAUGCACUUUUUCCAGCCGACGGUACUGUUAAUCAGGAACUGAUGGGUAUGAUCUAUGCCUGCACCUCGAUCCGCAUCACCUUCGAGAAAGACUUUCCAUGUCCGAUAUGUAGCAGUUGCGUGCGAAUCGUUAAUCAAUUCCAUGCCUACAGAUGCAAAUGUUUGACCAAUGAUCGUGAGUUGAAGCAGUUACGUGGUGGAAAAGAUGACGAUUUGUCUGAUGAGGAAACAUCAGUCGACUAUGAAAACGAGCCAGAUCCUCUUUCAAGUGGUACGAUUAAAGUAGAAAAUGACAGUGAUGAUCGAUUUUACAGUCAGGUUAAACGGCAAAUUCGAAGUUUCCUAGAGUCCAAAGUUAAGCAGAUUGAGCGCAAAGCAUUGAGUCGCCUGAAUGAUAGUCUGAGACAACGACGAUAUACUAAUGUAGACUUACAGAUGACGGUCGAUGAAUCAUUCGAAGAGCAGGAGUUUCAGCAGCAGGACGAUUUUUUGGUCUCUGAUGAGUUUGACGACGUAAAUUAUGCCCGGGAAAGCGAAGAGCGAGCAACGGACUUUGCUAGACUAACCAGCAGUAGUCAAGAUAGCAUCGAUUGGAAGUCCAAAUAUUUGACACUUCAAAAGAACAAUGACCUACUGCAGAAAGCUUUCCGAGAUCAGAAAUGUAAGAUGAGAAAUACCGAACAAACGUUGAAAAUGUAUCAGGAGCAGGGCGGAACUGCGGGCUCAUCCAACAAUUCAGAAAACACCAGUGUGAUGGAACUAUUCAAUUCCAUCGAACAUCUGAGACAGCAAAGUACCAAUGGAUGGCCAACAGGAUUCACUACGCAUUCUAUCAUCCCGGAGAUAUCAGUCGACUAUCUUAAAAGUAUAAACUACAAAUCGGGACCUGGAGAGAAAGGUGAUCGAAUCUUCAUCAGCAAGUUGGCUGUAGCAGUGUUCGGACAGGAAACGCUAGCGAAUUCGAGUGUCACUGGACGACCCUCAAAUGCACACAAUCAUCUACCGCCCAAACCUCCAUUAUGUCCGCAGAAAAUGGCAGCUAUUGGACUGAAACUCUUCGAGCGUGUCCAGCUUGAAGUAGGCCCCGCAAACCAGGAGGAACUACUUGCCCGAUCACACGAAAAGCUGGUUCGCCUUAUUGUGUGUCAGAAAUCGAUGAAUCUGAGAAAGCAGUAUAUCAAACACAACCAUGGGCGAGAUGAUGACUUUGGGCCGGGCCCGGAAAGGAAAAAGAAGUUUCACCAGUAGAUGCCCGCUCGGAAGGGCUCUGAGUUGACGCGUACAUCCUUGUAGGAAGGAGAUGGAAUGGUUCGCGUUAAAUUUUAUUACUUCAAUAAUAAAAACAAUUU